AUGGCAGACAGUUCAGAGCACGCAGGUGGUUCUAAACACGACUCUAUUCCGCGUGUAGGCGAUAGCACCGAGGAGCGGAAUGAGAUAUCGCCACGCGACAGAAGACGCGAGCCGGGCAAGUCAUCAGAGACGAUGGCGGAUUCGUUCCUGAAGAACAUGGGGCAGACGCUGAUGCGGAAGGGAGCCGAAGCGCGCGACAUGCCACGGCGCAGCAGCCAGCGCGGCGACUCGUACGACUACGAGAGACGGCGGGACUACCGUCGCAGCAGCCGGCACGAUCGGUCGCGGGACCAGUCGUAUCGGCGGCGGUCGCGCAGCGGCGAACGGCACCGGUACCGGUCGCGACGCAGCCGCAGCCGCAGCCGCAGUCGGGAGGUGGUUCCACUGCACCUGCGGCCGAAGAAGCUGAGCGCGUGGGACCAGGCGCCGGCGGGAUUCGAGCAUGUGUCGGCGGCCGAGGCCAAGGCAUCGGGAGUGUUUCCGCCGCCAGGGCAGGCGGUGGGGUCGCGCAACGUGGCGUCGUUCAAUCCGUCGGUGCUGUUUGAGCACACGCACCGCGAGGAGAACGCGCGGUUCCGGCCCAGCAGCCGUGGAGAGCGCGAGUUCCCCAGCACGGCGUCGCGGCAGGCGCGGCGGAUCUACGUAGGCAACAUUCCGCUGGCCAUCGACGAGGACGCGAUUGCCGGGUUCUUCAAUGGGCUGCUGGUGCAGCUGGGCAUAGCGCCAGCGCACGAGCUGCCGGUGGUCAACAUCCAGAUCAGCCACGACAAGAACUAUGCGUUUGUGGAGCUGCGCGAUGCAGAGCAGGCGACGCAGGCGAUGGGCAUGGAUGGCGUGGUGCUGCAGGGCCAGAAGCUCAAAAUCCGCCGCCCCAAGGACUACAUUCCGCCCGAGGGCCAGGCCGAGCCGCCGCGCCCUGCGCUGGGGCUGCCCGGCGUGCUGUCGGCCAGCGUGCCCGACUCGCCCAACAAGAUCUAUGUUGGCGGCCUUGCCCACGUAUCUCACCGAGGAGCAGGUCAUGGAGCUGCUGCGCCUCGCGAGGCUUUGCCUUCUGCGAGUACGCCGACCCCAGCCUCACCGACAUUGCCUGCGAGGGCCUCAAUGGCAUGGCGCUGGGUGACCGCCGCCUGGUUGGUGCAGCGCGCAAGCAUCGGCGCCCGCUCGGCUCACGCGCCGCCCCAGCCAGUUCAGCUUGACUACGCACCGCCGGUGAUGCCGCCAGCCGCACCUGACGCGCACCCCACGCAGAUCAUCCAGCUGCUCAACAUGGUCACGGCCGCCGAGCUGGCCGAUCCAGACGAGUAUGCCGACAUUGUCGAGGACCCCCGACCAGGACGUGCCAGGGUGUCGGCAAGAUCUUUGUCAAGUUUCGCAGCCGUCGAUGAGGCCACUACGGCUCUGCGUGCUCUGGCCGGCCGCAAGUUCGCCGACCGCACUGUCGUCGCCUCAUACAUGGCCGACGAGGACUUUGAUACCAAAAAUUACUAG